GAGUCGCCUCAAAGUGUCCCAGUGCCAUGGACACAAAUGUGAAUCCCCUGGCCGUAAUCUUGGUUUACUUCGAUAGCAAGGGGGAUCGGCUACUGUACAGGUAUCCCUACCAGACUCUUGGCCAAACGGAGGUGGCAAACGACGAGCAGCGGAAGUCCAGAAAACGCAAUCCCUAUGCCGUGGCCAAUACGGACGAUUUGCUGCAGACGCCCACCCACUUGGGCGCUGCCAAGAGCCAAGGACAACUCCAGGGAUUCGCUGACGAGGUCCUAUCCGCUCUUUUUGCCGUUAAGCCACAGCUAUGCAACCAGAAGUUUGAACUCAAACUGAACGACGUGCGCUUCGUCAGUCAUCCCACUCUGAUUCCGCACAAGGAGCAGAGAAGUGGACCAAUGGCCAAGCAACAGAUGCUUAUCAACAUUGUUUUUGCGCUGCAUGCGCAGGCCAGCUACUCGAUUGUUAAGUGCUACCAUGAACUGAGCAAGCGGCUUGGCCUGGCGCUGAAGUUCGAGGAGCAGCGCAGUGGGUAUCUCACCGAGCAGACGGCCCAAAUGGCCCGCACACACGACGAGCAGCAGCAACAGCCCCUGGAACGCACAUUGGAGUUGAUUGCAGAGCGCUGUAGUUUGGCGCAGGCCUUGCGCUCCAUCUUCCACGAUCUGUGCACCACAGGUCUGCUGAGUACCUCGCUGAAUCACAACCUAACUUUGUGCUUCUGCCUGCCCGCUAAGGCACACCAGCUCCAUAAGAAGGGCAGCAUGGUGGAUCCGGAGACCAUAGAUCGCUGUCUUCGUGCACUGAAGCCUUAUCAUGGCAUGCUACUCCUAGUGGACUUUGCGGAAUUGCUGGACUGCGUUCCACCGACAGGCGCACGCAUGCUUUGGCAACUAGUCGACGCCUACGACCCACUGAUAAGUCUGCAAAGCAUGUCCUCCAAUGCCGACUUGAGCAUCGAACAUGUUUAUAAGCUCGUCUCGCAUUUAGUGUACUGGGCUAAGGCUACUAUUAUUUAUCCCCUCUGCGAGACAAAUGUCUAUGUGAUUGCGCCGGAUGCACCGUUGCACACUAAAUCCCAUCUGGUGGAGAAGUUCUCGGCGCGUUUUGCUGGUAUGUCGCUGUUCGAGGUGAUCUCUGAUUUUUCGUUACCCACCUCGAUUGGGCAUUUAACCACGCCCUUGCAGCAGCCGGCGCGACAGGGUAUACUCGCACAAAUGGUGAUUUGGAUGCUGCAGCACCAUCUGCUGAUGCAGCUGCACACUUACGUUCAGUUUAUGCCCAGCGAGGAUGAAUUUGGAGAUUCGGCCUCCUGCAGCAACCAUCUAAGGGAUGCCAUUAGCGAUGAAGAAGGAGAGCAAGAACAAGAUGCGGACGAGUUGCAUGGCUCCAUGCUUAGCAUGUCCAGUCAUCCGUUGCCAGUGCCAGCGGUGUUGGUGGGCGGACAUCGACGGGACGUGUCCGAGGACCAUUCUUCACUGGCCUCUGACAACAUCGCCGUGCAGCCAUCGUCCAGCCACAAGUCCAAUUUCAGCAUCACCGCCUCGAUGAGCACGGACAAUUGCGACAGCCUCGAUUCCAUGGAAGAUGAGCAGAAGCUAAAGGAGCUACUACAGGUCUUUAGCGAUGCGGAUCGAGCUGCCAUCCGUCGAAUUCCCGCCUCUGCCAAUGUGGAUGAUCUCUCACUGCUUGUGAAGCUGUACCAGAUGGGUUAUUUUAAGAGCGAGCACCACCUGGAGGAGAUUAUGUACUUCGAGAACUUGCGCCGUUCGCAACUGCUGCAAUUGCUGGAUAAAUUUAGGGAUGUGCUUAUCAUCUACGAAACCGAAGAUCCUGCAAUUGCAUCCAUGUACAAUACCAAGUAGCUUGGGCCGAAUUUGCAUUCCUAGAUCUUUAUGUUGAAUGUUUUUGUUUAGUUAAUGCAUAUAAUCUAUAAAAUAGUUGUGUAUCAAGUUUGUAAAGUUUGUAAAGCAAGGUUAAUUACGCUUGUAGACUAUAUGUUUUGUUACUUAUUUUUACAAGCCAGUUCUUAAAUUCAAUUCAAUUAUUGUUAUACUAAUUAUUUUUGAUUUAAAGUGUUGAUUUCAAUUUCAAACAACUACGAAUAAUCAUAAUUAUGGGCGUUGAAUUUUAAACUUUGCGCCCAUUGUACAGCUAUAAGAUGUAUCGAUAAGUGCAUAUUA